CGUUCACAAUUUCAAUGACAAACGCCAUAUACAAUAAAAUUUGUUAAACGAACGUAAUAAUUCCUUUGCAACAAUUCUUUAAAUACGUUGUACGGAUAAUAAAACGAAUUGAAAAUAAUUAAUUUCCAUUCAGUUGGAUCAGAAAGUAAAUUGUUCAACUUUUUUGGUAAAAAGACUAUGGAUGAUAUCGAUUCUCCCUUGCGAGUAACACCUCGCCCGCGUGUACUUUUCUAUGAUCAUUCACCGGAAAAUUCUGAUAAUUCAUCAUUCGAAGCGUCACAUACAAUGAGUCCGGUUAAGAGCACUGUACCCGUUAUGUCACCGUGUUCACCUCCAUACCGGAAAGUUCGAGCACUGAAAUUAUUUGAUACACCGUCCACACCAAACACAAUCAUUCAAAAAUCUGCAUUCGAAAGAACCAAAGUGCCUCCAAAAAAUAUAUUUCAACGAGCCAUGGAUUCGGAUUACAGUGAACGUCCCAUUGCCUAUAAACUAUUCAAUAAAGUUUUGGACGAUGUUGAUACUACCGCAAAUGUGAAUCCGUUUACACCGGACAGUGAUAUUAUGUACAAAAAUAAGAAACGAUCCCGAACGGCAGCACUUCAGGAAAAUAACACAAGCGCAGCCAAAAGUCCGUCACAGGUGAAAAGUGUGCGAAGACGACCAGUUUCGUCGUAUUUUAGUAGCUAUACAGAAGAUGAGGAAGAGGAGACCACACAACAUCAAGCACCCAAAAGACUUGCCCUUCAAGACACAAACAUAAGCCGGUAUCGCAGGGAAUUUGUGGAAAUUGAAUUGAUCGGAAGCGGUGAAUUCGGUCAAGUAUUUAGAUGUAAAAAUAGAUUGGAUGGCACAGAGUAUGCCGUUAAAAAGAGUAAAAGACCCGUGGCUGGCAGUUCAUAUGAGCAAACUGCAUUGAACGAAGUAUGGGCUCAUGCCGUAUUGGGCAAGCAUGACAACGUUGUUCGAUAUUAUUCAGCCUGGGCAGAGGAUAAUCACAUGUUGAUUCAAAACGAAUACUGCAACGGCGGUAGCUUACAGACGGUACUGGAAAAAAGAUAUCUCAGUGAGUCAGAGCUGCGAACUCUGCUCACACACAUUGCUGGCGGUCUGAAAUACAUCCACUCGAAUGACUUGUGCCAUAUGGACAUCAAAAGUGGAAAUAUAUUUUUGAGUAAAGUGCCGAAAAAAAUUUCUUGUGAGGACUCAUUUAGUGAUGGAUGUGAUCCAGACGGUGAUCUAGUGAUAUAUAAAAUUGGCGAUUUGGGACACGUUACAUCCGUACGAAAUCCACAAAUUGAGGACGGAGAUUGUAGAUAUCUUUCGAAAGAAGCAUUGAAUCUGGAAUCGAAACAUUUGCUCAAAGCCGACAUGUUUUCUUUGGGUAUAACAUUAUACGAAGCCGGUGGAGGUGGACCGCUGCCGAAAAAUGGAAGUGAAUGGCAUACACUACGACAAGGUGGCGUGCCAGAUCUGAAGGGUCUCAGUAGAGACUUUAAUGAUUUGAUCAAACUACUGAUGCAUCCCGAUCCAGCGAAGAGACCGUCGUCAACGCAAAUAUUCGAACAUCCUGUGUUAUGUCCGUCGGAAAUCAAAUCGAAGGCACAAUUGACGCACGAACUCAUCAUGGAACGGAAGAAGAACGAAGAAUUGUUAAAACAAUUGCGCAAAAUGUCAUCACAUGAACUCAAUGUGGAACGGAAGCGUAACACAGAACUAUGUAAAAAACUACACGAAGCCAAUUUAAAAUUGAAAGCUUUACAAGCUGAUACACCAAAAAAUCGAAAAGGUGAACGAACAUCACCGUUAUCAACUGAUCGUAUGCUCAGAUCAUCGACUUGCAAGUAUAUGCGAUCAGCACGAAGCUCUAAAAGGAAUAUCACUUGCCGUGAUCAAAAUUUAAACAGUUACAGUAACAUGAGUUACUUGCGCUAAUUCCAAUUGCCUUAACUAAACUCUAUAUUUUAUAAAAUAAAAACCAUUUGAAAGACGUUA